AUGGCUUCGACCGCCGGGAAACUGAACUUCCCCAAAUCAACAGUCGCGGUAGAGGUAUCUGUGAUUGAUACGACGACAUAUAUACGAAAUGUACCCGGCAAGAUCUUUUUCAAUCCUAUAUAUCCCGGGUUGAAAACUAUUGCGAUACCAGAUUUCAGCAUCCUCAUACACCACAAACCCACUGGGCAGCGCUUGCUCUAUGAUCUCGGACUACGAACGAACUGGGCGUCGCACCUGAGUCCUCACCUCCUCAACGGCCUCGCGCCGCUCAAUCUGGAAGUCGAUGUCAAGCGGGACGUGGGAAAUAUCAUCGCCGACGGCGGGAUUCAGCCCUCCCAGAUCAACGCCAUCAUAUACAGCCAUCAUCACUGGGAUCAUACAGGAGACCCGACCCUCUUUCCUGCCUCCACCAAGAUUGUGGUUGGUCCUGGCUACAAGGAUAAGUAUCUUCCAGGUUGGCCGACAGACGCAGAUGCCAGCGAGACGACUUCAGACAUCUAUGUGGGCAAGGAAAUCGUGGAACUGGACUUCCAACAGGGAAGCCAGGUUCUCCAGAUUGGCCCGUAUUCUGCCUAUGACUGGUUCCGAGACGGCAGCUUUUAUCUGCUGAGCACCCCGGGCCACACGGGUAGCCAUAUCAGCGGCCUCGCUCGGACCACGGUUGGACAGGACGAUGAUACCUUCAUCUUCCUUGGUGGUGAUCUCAUUCACCAUAGCUCGCUUCUGAGACCCACCCAGUACCUCCCUCUACCCGAGAAGGUGCCAGGGAGCGCGGCAAGAGGUGAGAAAAGCACCAAGGUAUAUUCCGAUCUCCAUCGACUUUCGAACGGAGGUCCAGGAAAAGGAGCCGCCAGAGAAAGUCCAUUCUGUCUGAUCCCUGAAGACGGGCAUAUUGACGAGGAUCCCAAGCUGGCGCAGAAGACGGUCAACGAGGCGUUCGUCUUUGACGGCCACGAGAACAUCUUCACCGUGUUCGCUCACGACGAGAGCUUGCUGGGUGUGAUUGACUUUUUCCCCCAGAAAGCAAAUGACUGGAAGGCCAAAGGGUGGGCGGAACAGAGUCGCUGGUCGUUUUUGGAUUCCUUGACGCCGGCCAAGUAG